AGUAUACAGAUUAUGGAAGUUAAUUGAUCUGUUUGUGGCUGUUACAGGCUCUCCACUGCACAUGCCUUUUUCUAGUGCCAGCACUAGAGAGGUAGAAAGUAGGCAGAUCUCUGUGAGGACAGCCUGGUCUACAUAGUGAGGUCCACAAUAGCCAGGGCUAAGCAGAGAGACCUUGUCUCAAAAAAAGAGAGAGGCAGGGUGUUAUUGCAUGUCUUUGAGCUUUCUAUGUAGACCAGGAUCCUCCUGCCUCUACCUCCUAAGUGCUGGGAUUUUAGGAGUAUGCCAGGAUUCCAGACAUGUAGAAUAACCCCAGUACUGGAUGAAGUCAGUACCUAUAAUGCCAAUACUUCAGAGUGUGAUAAGGAAAUAAUUAGUAUGAGGCUAGCCUGGUCUGCACAGCAAGACCCAGUCCCAAACAAAGUAAAGACAAGCAACAAUAAAACCAAAAUCACGUUAAAAUCAUGUCUUCUUCACUAGUACUUCACCCAUCGUGUUCAUAGCCCUCAGGAUAGUUGGCAUAACUUGUGUGUGUUUGCUUCUGUAAGAGCAGAGUUCCUAUCUAUUUAUUAAUGCUUAUGUUCUCAACACUGCACUGCACUGAGCACCCAGCCAUUCUAGGCGUUUAAUGUUCGUAGAACGAAUGAAUGUGUAAAGGCAAUGGAUUCUGCAUUUUUCUGCUUAACCGUUUCAUUAUGAUUGUCACUGUAGCUAGCAUCCAAUUGAAGAAUUCAGGUAAAACCUAAUAUUAAUGAGAUAAUGUAUUGUACAUGCUCUAAUUUAAAAGAGAUACGUUUGUGAGUCUGUGUAUGCACAUGUAUCACACACAUAACAUGCAUAUGCUAUGUGUAUUAUACAAACAUGUAAUGUAUAUACUUUAUUCCUGAAAUUAUUUGAAAGAAAUCCUUUACUCUUUAUGAAGUGAAAAAUCCCUCAUUUAAAAAAGCCCUUAGCUUCUGGGCUGAGGAGAUAGCUCAGGGGUUAAAACAGCUGCCACACCAGCAUGAGUGCAGAGCUCAGAACCCCAGAGCCCUGGUAAGGAUGAUUUGGCGAUCACUUGUGAUUCCAAAACUCUGAAGGUGAGCAGAGGAUCCCCAGAAUAAGAAGGCUAAUAACACUGGUGCACUCUGGGGUCAGCUGAGAAACCCUACUUCAGUGACGAGGUGGAAAGCCAUUGACAAGACUCCCAGCAUCAAUGGGCAUUCACGUGCACACAUGCAGACAUGCAUGCACACCACACACAUAUCUUGGUACCCGUGGAUUAAAUCUAGUAGAUAAUAAGCAUAUUAUAAACAUAGUAAUCACAAAACACAUUUUUCUUUUUUUUUUUUUUUUUGGUUUUUCGAGACAGGGUUUCUCUGUGGUUUUGGAGUCUGUCCUGGAACUAGCUCUUGUAGACCAGGCUGGUCUCGAACUCAACAUUUUCUUUUAAGAAUUCUCAAAUUAGGAAGGUCACGGACAAGAUGGUGCCCCCAGUUCAGGUCUCUCCGCUCAUCAAGCUCGGCCGAUACUCAGCCCUUGUCCUCGGCAUGGCCUACGGCGCCAAGCGCUAUAGUUACCUAAAGCCCCGGGCAGAGGAGGAGAGGAGGGUGGCAGCGGAGGAGAAGAAGAGACUAGAUGAGCUGAACCGGAUUGAAAGAGAACGGGCAGAAGCUCAAGAUGACAGCAUACUCAAGUGAAGCGCCAGUGAGCUUGCCUUUCUUAAGUCGCUGAGGAUGAAUAAAGCUUUGUCGUGCGAUGCAAAAAAAAAAGAAUUCUCAAAUUAAUAUUUUAGGGUUUAUCGUCUAAAUCUUUUGCUUCUUUUUUCUAUUAAUACCACUUUGUCCAUUUCAGUAUUAUUGAUAUAAAUUUAAAAUCAACUACUGAUUCUAUUUAAUAGAUAUAUUUUCUAGAUUUUUUUUCUGGUGCUCUAAGGUAAAUUAUUCAGAGAAGUCUGGUUUUAACAUUAUCUGAUCAGUGCC